CUUUUCAUCCUCUGGGUUCAAUGAAAUACUGAGGAAAAGUCCACCGGCGAACAGCGGGCGCUGUCGAGUGCUGGGAGGUGCUGAAAUGGCCAGGGCGCACUGGUCGCAGCCUUGAUUGGCAGAGCCGACCAGUGACUGACAGGGGGUCUCCAUGGCGCCCGCGCCGCCAAUCCGCCCACCCCAGUAGUCGCGCCAGCUAGCCUGCCUGCGUGCCUGAGCCAAGCCGAGCCGAACCUCCUCCAGUCGGGGACGCUAGCUCCUGGCCGUUGUGUCGCCACUGCAGCCCCGGCGGUGUAACCCCAAGGCGCCUCGCGGAGAAGAGCCUGGCGCACCCGCCCUGGCCCGCGGGCAUCUGCUGUGCGUCCGGCCCCGGGCUCAGUGUCCCUACAGCUGCCGGCGCUGCCUCAAUGUUUCAGCUACCCAUCUUGAAUUUCAGCCCCCAGCAAGUGGCCGGGGUAUGUGAGACGCUGGAGGAGAGCGGCGAUGUAGAGCGCUUGGGUCGCUUCCUCUGGUCGCUGCCCGUGGCCCCUGCGGCCUGUGAAGCCCUCAACAAGAACGAGUCGGUGCUGCGCGCGAGAGCCAUCGUGGCCUUUCACGGUGGCAACUACCGCGAGCUUUACCAUAUCCUGGAAAACCACAAGUUCACCAAGGAAUCGCACGCUAAGCUGCAGGCACUAUGGCUUGAAGCGCACUACCAGGAGGCGGAGAAGCUGCGUGGACGGCCGCUGGGGCCAGUGGACAAGUAUCGUGUAAGGAAGAAGUUCCCGCUGCCGCGUACCAUUUGGGAUGGCGAACAGAAGACACAUUGCUUCAAGGAGCGCACGCGACACCUGCUCCGAGAGUGGUAUCUGCAGGACCCAUAUCCCAACCCCAGCAAAAAGCGCGAGCUCGCCCAGGCAACCGGACUGACCCCCACGCAGGUGGGCAACUGGUUCAAAAACCGCCGACAAAGGGACCGGGCGGCUGCAGCCAAGAACAGACUACAGCAGCAGGUUCUGUCGCAAGGCUCCGGGCGGGCUCUACGGGCCGAGGGCGAGGGCACCCCGGAGGUGUUGGGUGUCUCCACCAGUCCGGCCGCUAGUCUAUCCAGCAAGGCGGCCACUUCGGCCAUCUCCAUCACAUCCAGCGACAGUGAAUGCGACAUCUAAGCUGCCCAACCAGCACGCUCAGAAACAGAAUCCCGUGUAAAAACGAGAUAAACAAUGAAGCGGAAAAGAGGAUGAAAGACCAACAAAUACACCACGACGGAAGCCAGGUGGCCAGGGACCCGCGGGCUUGGGUUUCAGUGCUCCACGGUCCGCCCAACUCCAGUGGCGCCCUUCCGCCGUUAUCACAGGCGCCCGCGGUGAGGCCUGACGGCAGCGCCCCGUUGUCCUCGCUUUGCUUUUUCCCAAGGAUUUUGCUGCGAAGAAGUCUUCGGAACCCGAACUGCACGCUGAGCGCCUGCCCUGAGUCUCUUGUGGGUAUUUCACGUCGAAAGGACGCUGUUAUAUAUGUAUAACUUUUGCUUUAAAGUUUUUUUUUAACAAAACAUAUAUAUGCUGUUUACUUAUUUAAGAGACUGCCAUGGUAGGUUUCUCUGUAGCUUGGGGAACUUGCUGUUUCUAAACGCAAGCUGGUGCAUUCUGUGUGGAGAAGCCAAACAAUAAAACAACUUGGUGGACAACCUUUCUUAAUUAA